AUGUGUACUGUGGGGAACGGGGGUUCGCACAGCCACCUGACAGCGGCAAAGACUGAAGUCCUGGUCUAUCACAUCCUGCUGUUCAUUUUCUCUCCACUCACGGUGGCUCUCAACCUGGUGGUCAUCAUCUCAGUCGCCCAUUUCAGACAGCUCCACACACCCACCAACCUCCUCCUCCUCUCUCUGGCUGUGUCUGACCUCCUUGUAGGCCUGGUGCUGAUGCCGGCAGGAAUCCACCUACAGCUGUCCUGUUGGUUUCUUGGUGACUCCAUGUGUUCUUUGUAUACAUUUUUUGCUUGGUGGUCUGUUUCUGCAUCAGUAGGAGACAUGGUGCUCAUCUCAGUCGACCGCUAUGUUGCUAUCUGCGACCCUCUGCAUUACACUAAUAAGGCUCGUGCCAUGCGUUCUCACAUCACAUCCAUCACAGCCCAGCGUUCAGGGAAGGCCGUCGCCAACAAAUCUGAGCUGAAAGCAGCCCGGAGUCUUGGUGUUCUUGUUGUUGUCUUCUUAAUAUGUUUCUGCCCUUAUUAUAUUUUGACCCUAACCGGCAACUCAUUUAUUCCUUCAUUAUCCUCUUAUAUGACUUUUGUUAUGUAUUUAAAUUCAUGUGUAAAUCCUCUGAUUUAUUCCUUAUUCUAUCCUUGGUUCAGAAAAGCUGUUAGACUAAUAUUCACUUUGCAGAUACUGCAGUCUGACUCUUGUGAUUCCACCAUGGUCUAG